ACGUGCUUUCGUUUUUUAUGGUAGUAGAGAUCGGGUGUGAAAUAUUGAGGUUAGGAAAUUAAGUGCACGUUUCAAUAUGUCAACCGAUAAAAAAAUAUUAGAUGUUACGAAAAAAAUAUCUGACAUGGAAAUGGAGGAAACGGGAAAAAAAUUAACACACAAGGAAAAGAAAAAAUUAAAAAAACAGCAAGAAUAUGAGAAAACGAUGGAAAUGUUAAUGAAAACUGGUGGUCAGGGUCAUAGUGAACUUGAAACAAAUUUCACUGUUUCUCAGACUCAAAGUCAACAACGAAGUAAUCAACAAUUAGAAAAUGCUGUUGAUAUUAAGGUAGAAAAUUUCAGUAUUGCUGCUAAAGGAAAAGAAUUGUUUACCAAUGCUAGUUUAUUGAUUGCACAAGGUAGACGUUAUGGAUUAGUAGGACCAAAUGGUCAUGGAAAAACUACUUUACUUCGUCAUAUUGCAAAACGAGCUUUUGCUAUUCCACCUAAUAUUGAUGUUUUAUAUUGUGAACAAGAAGUUAUUGCUGAUGAUACUCCUGCUGUAGAAGUAGUACUUAAUGCAGAUGUAAAAUGUAAAGAUUUAAUAACAGAAUGUAAAAAAUUAGAAGAAUUUGUAGAACAAGGAGAUAAUUCUGUUCAAAAUAGAUUGCAAGAGGUUUAUGAAGAAUUAAAAAUUAUUGGUGCAGAUUCUGCAGAACCACGUGCUAGAAGGAUUCUUGCUGGUUUAGGAUUUAAUCGUGCUAUGCAAGAUCGAGCAACAAAAAAUUUUUCUGGUGGUUGGCGUAUGCGUGUUUCUCUUGCUAGAGCUCUUUUUUUAGAACCAACAUUAUUAUUACUUGAUGAACCAACAAAUCAUUUAGAUUUAAAUGCUGUUAUUUGGUUAGACAAUUAUCUUCAAGCCUGGAAAAAAACUUUACUUAUUGUUUCUCAUGACCAAAGUUUUCUAGAUAAUGUAUGUACAGAUAUAAUUCAUUUAGAUCAACAAAAGUUGUUUUAUUAUAAGGGAAAUUACAGUAUGUUUAAGAAAAUGUAUGAGCAAAAAAAAAAAGAAAUGAUUAAAGCAUAUGAGAAACAAGAAAAACGACUUAAAGAUAUGAAAGCUUCAGGUCAAAGUAAAAAACAAGCUGAAAAAAAACAAAAAGAAGCUUUGACUAGGAAACAAGAAAAAAAUAGAACAAAAAUGCAAAAGCAAGAAGAAGAUAAUGCACCUACUGAAUUAUUACAAAAACCUAGAGAAUAUAUAGUAAAAUUUAGUUUUCCUGAUCCACCUCCAUUGCAACCACCAAUCCUUGGUCUUCAUAAUGUAAUUUUUGCUUAUGAAGGACAAAAACCAUUGUUUAUUGAUGUUGAUUUUGGCAUAGAUUUAAAUUCUAGAAUAGCUAUAGUAGGACCUAAUGGUGUUGGCAAAUCUACAUUCUUGAAAUUAUUGACAGGUGAUUUACAACCAAUAAAAGGAGAAUCCAUAAAAAAUCAUCGAUUAAGAAUAGGAAAAUUUGAUCAACAUUCUGGUGAACAUCUAACUGCUGAAGAAUCACCAGUGGAAUAUUUGAUGCGUUUAUUUGAUUUACCAUAUGAAAAAGCUAGAAAGCAGUUAGGGACAUUUGGACUUAGUUCUCAUGCUCAUACAAUUAAAAUGAAAGAUUUGUCAGGAGGUCAAAAAGCACGAGUUGCAUUAGCUGAAUUAUGUUUAAAUGCUCCUGAUGUUGUAAUUUUAGAUGAACCAACAAAUAAUUUAGAUAUAGAAUCUAUUGAUGCAUUAGCUGAUGCUAUCAAUGAAUAUAAAGGAGGAGUUAUUAUUGUCUCUCAUGAUGAACGUUUAAUUAGAGAUACAGAAUGUUGCUUAUAUGUAAUUGAAAACCAACAAAUUAAUGAAAUUGAUGGAGAUUUCGAUGAUUAUAGAAAAGAAUUGUUGGAAAGUUUAGGAGAAGUUGUUAACAAUCCAAGUAUAGCUGCAAAUGCUGCUGUUUUGCAAUGAAUAUUUUUUCUUUGUAGAGCAAUAAUAAUUUUUAACGAUUCAUAAAAUUAAAAUCCUUUUAAAUGAAUAUUCCUUAAAUAUAUCAUUGCUUUCUCUA